UCCGUUUGUGCCGUCAUCCUCACCCUCUAAAUUUCAAUCAUCCUCGCUCGAGAAACGUCUGGUAACCGCAAAACUACCACGUUUCAACAAUCAUCAUGCUGUCCAACAUUGGUCGUGCAGCUAUCAAGAGAAUCAGCGGAUCUCACGUAUCAACAAACCGAUUUCUUGCUACUUUUUGGCAAUUGCAACGCGUUGAAGGUCAACAAAAUGUCGAAUCAGUCCUGAAAGCUCCCUCAGCAUCUUUCCCGGCGCGUCGAUCGUAUGCUACUGCCACCAAAGCUACCCAAACUAAAACUACAACUGCAAAGAAACCAGCUACGAAGGAGGUACCUGCAAAGAAAUCCACUACCAAGGAACCUGCUGCAAAGAAAACUGUUGUCAAAAAGCCCAUCAAAAAAGCUGCGAAGAAGCCAGCAGCCAAGAAGUUAGCCAAGAAGUCAGCCAAGAAGCCAGUGAAGAAGACGCUUAAGGCUAAGCCGAAGAAAGCAAAAAAGGCAAAGACGCCAUUGACCGAUUCACAAAAGUUGAGAAAGAAGCUGCGGGAAUUGAAGGUUGCUGCGUUAAUUUCAGAAAAUCCAAAAGAGAAGCCCCAGAGUGCCUAUAGAGUAUUGAAUCUUGAGUUGGCUACUGGUAGUAAUGAUAUCACCGCGGCGUCGAAGGAGGCGUCAGCGAAAUAUAAAUCGGUGUCGACGGCAGAAUUGGAGGUGAUAAACACACUUUUCCUUCUCGUAAGGCCAUGCUAAUCACAUUACAGAGACUCAAUCACAUCGCAAAUGAGAACAAAGCUGCCAAUGCUAUUGCCUACAAGAAUUGGGUUGAGAGUCAUACUCCAGAGGAAAUUCGUCUGGCAAAUCUUGCACGUCAACACAUUCGAAGAUUGACCAGCAAAACUUCCUCUCCAAGACUCAUCAAAGAUGAUCGAAUGGUGAAGAGACCUAUGAGACCUAUGAUCAUGUUCGUGAAAGAGCGAUUUCAAUCUGGUGAUUUUGCUGGUAUUAGGGUCACCGAGGCCAUGAAACGUAUUGCACAAGAGUUCAAGGAGUUGUCGCCUGCGCAGCUCAAGGUAAGUCACAACAUUGAUGUUCCAGUUCUAUUAGAUUAUGCCCCUAACACAUUGAUAGCCUCUUCAGGAAGCCUCUGCAGCUGAUGACGCGCGAUACAUCCAAGAGUACAAGACAGUUUACAAGCAUGACCCAGUCAAAGCUCGCCUUGCUAAAGCCCAAGCCCAAGCAUAAACAUUUCUAGUUCUUCAUACUUCGAUUUUUCUCAUCCACUUUUAUUUUCAUUCUUGACUACCGAUGCAUGGUAUAAACCAUGUGCAAUUGAGUUGUUUUGAAACAGCUUACGUCAACAAUAUGGAGUCAAUUCUUUCUUGUACGAAAUAAGGAAUGCGAAAAUUGAGGUGUUUAUGGCUCAAGAUGAUUUUACUUUCAAUUUCAUUAUUCUUGUCUGUAAGAUAUCUCUUGUUUUGUUCGCUAGAAAUGGCGAAUUUCUAUGACUCCAUCAUGAUUACAAGGAAGGGCCAAAAAUGAGAUAUCAUUUUCCACUCUAGGUAUCUUUUAAUGGCUAUCAGAAUAGGGUCUUGUGUUUCACGAACAAUACAUGAAUAAAUAUUGUUUCCGUGAAUCUUUCCAACAUUUCAAAUCAAAGAGCUUAUUUCAUUUCUCCCUCUUUAAUCAUAGGCCCAGCAGAUCCACUUACCCCUCCAUAAUCACCUUUAGACCCCUCAUCUCACCUCAUCACCUUGCAU